AUGGAUUCGCCAAAUCACCAACAAAAUGACGACGAUCUGUCAAGCCCACACCCCGCAAAACGCCGUCUAAUGGAUGGAGCUCUCGACUAUCCGAGGCGCCGCGCAACGAUUGCUUGUGAAGUAUGCAGGUCGCGCAAAUCUCGCUGCGAUGGCAACCGACCAAAAUGCAAGCUCUGCACAGAGCUUGGCGCGGACUGCGUGUACCGUGAGCCAGGCGUGAAGCUUGAUGUGGGCGACAAAAUGAUCUUGGAGCAGCUAAGCCGAAUAGAAAGCAUGUUGCAGAUGAACAUGGCUGCCAAUUCCUACACAAAUACCCUUGGAAAUCAUUCGCAACACAAGAGCGAAGCCAUGGGCUCACCAGCAAGGGGCCAGUUUGUGCCAGAGCCCGACCCAGCCAACAUAUGGAACAGCGGCAUCACGAAUAUAUCUACAAUGCCCAAAAGCCACACAAAUGCAAUGAUGCAUCUGCUGCGGUGGCCAAUUAUUAGGGACCUAGUCUCGCGACCCCACGAUCUCAACGUCUUGUUGCAACUGGAGAUGGAGCGCGAGUCACUGCAGUCAUCUUCCAAAACGCCGUCUUUUGAUCUUUCAAAUAACCAAGCAUACAUUGAAGCAUACUUCAACAAAGUCAAUGUCUGGUAUGCUUGUGUUAACCCUUAUACCUGGAAGAGUCAAUACCGAACCGCCCUCUCCAACGGUCUCCGCGAAGGUCCAGAAAGCUGCAUUGUUCUGCUAGUGCUUGCGCUUGGACAGGCCAGCUUCUCUGGAAGUAUCGCAAACAUCAAUCAGCAAGAGGAUACCCCCGGAAUGCAGUAUUUUAUGGCAGCAUGGUCUUUGCUGCCUGGUAUGAUGACAGCUAACAACGUCCUCGCUGCACAGUGUCACUUGUUAGCGGCGGCAUACAUGUUUUAUUUGGUUCGCCCUAUGGAGGCGUGGAACCUUCUUUGCGCUACGAGCACAAAGCUGCAGCUUCUUCUCAUGACUCCUAGCACUAUACUACCACAGCAGAAAGAGCUGUUGGAACGGAUAUACUGGAACACGCUUAUGUUUGAGAGCGACCUACUUGCCGAGCUUGAACUGCCUCACUCUGGAGUCGUUCAAUAUGAAGAAAAGGUUGGCCUACCAGGAGGCUUUGAUGGUAACGACGACGACCACAUUGGGACCGACAAUCUUUGGUACUUUCUAGCGGAAAUUGCCCUGAGAAGGCUGCUCAACAGAGUAAGCCAACUGUUGUAUUCCAAACAAUCUCCUUCGCCUACCAUUGCUAGUCUAGAGCCCAUCGUCAACGAGUUGGACUAUCAGUUGACGCAGUGGUACGAAAGCCUCCCAAGCGCUCUGCAGUUUCCGUUUUCUAGCAUGCCGUUGGAGGAUCAGGUGCUAUCUGUUUUGAGAUCGCGCUUUUACGCUUGCCGAACCAUUAUUUAUCGACCUUAUAUUGAACAUGUUCUCCAAAACGAGCAUGCUUUAAGAGACCCCGUAGUGCGAGACAGCUGCCACAAGUGUCUAGAGUCGUGCGUUCGCCAGCUCGAGCAGAUUUCCGAAUUCCAAGCCGGGCACAUGGCGUACUUGUGGCAGGGCGCCCUCUCAGCCGCUUCACAGUCACUCUUGGUCAUGGCGGCGUCGAUUAGCAAGCCGUUGCAGCCGCUGCUGCUAAACAUUGCACCGAGCCACAUGUUGGACGAGAUAUUGAAAAGCGUCGUCAUCGAGCUGGAUCGGUAUGCGCAUCUGGCGCCGAGUCUGGGACUGCUGGCUGAGAUUGUGCGCGAAGCCGAGGUAGCAAGACAUUCCAUGCUGCGCAGCGCGUAA